AUGGGAGAAGCUCAUAGAGUGACGUUCAAGGAGUUGGGCACGCCGGGCGCUUACAAGUAUGAGAGCGGGAUCGCUCCAUUAUUGAUCCCGGAUGGUGAUUUUGAAAUAAAACCGGCUACGGUCAUCUUGAUUGAGAGGAAACAAUAUGGUGGUACAACAAGUGAAAAUCCUCUCAACCAUCUCAAGGAUUUUGAGAAGUAUUGUAAUACAAUUAUGGUAGACGGAGUUGCUCAAGAAUAUAUAAGACUCAAGUUGUUUCCCUUCUCUCUUAUUGUAAGAGCUUUAGAGUGGUUGGACAAGGAGGUAAAGCCAAGGUCCUUUAGGACGUGGGAUGAAGUCACAAAAUCUUUCUUGUCUCGCUUCUACCCACCAAAGAAAACGGCGGAGGCUAGUGCCUUAAUCCAAAGUUUCAAGCAAUUGCCAAGAGAGAAUCUCUAUGAAGCAUGGGAGAGGUACAAGGAUUACCAAAGGGAAUGCCCUCACCACGGAAUUCCCACCUAUCAAGUCAUACAAAUUUUCUAUGGUGGUUUGAGUUCUCAAGGUAGAUCGAGCCUUGAUGCCGGAGCCGGAGGGCCGAUUAUGAACAAAACGGAAGAAGAGGUUGUGGAUGUAAUAGAUGAUGUGGUAAUGAAUUACAUGGAUUGGCAUGAUGUAGAGAGGGAAUCGACAAGCACAAGUGGCUCAAUCGAUCAAUCUAAUGUCGUCAACAAUUUGUCCACAUUGGUCUCGGAGUUAGUAAAGGAGAAUGAUUAUAAUGUUUCUAAUUGCCCCAAUGUUCCUUGUGAUAGAUAUGAUGGAUAUGAGAAUGUGCAUGUGAAUUGUGUUGAUAAUAAUGAUUUUGGACCUAGAUUUAAUGCUCGAAAGAAUGUUAGGAAUAGGAAUUAUCACAAUCAUGGGAGCUAUGAUAAUUAUAACCAAAAUAGUGGUUAUGGUUAUGGUAACCAUAAUCAAAAUUCUGGCCAAAAUCAUGGUAAGGGUAAUUGGAGUAAUCAAAUUAGGGGAGAUUUUCAAAAUGAUGUUCAAAGAGGUACCCCACCCCAAAUUACUCCAACGACUCAAAGCCAAGGUGAUGAUUUCUAUGCUCAACAAUCCCAAUUGAAUAAGCUAGAGAAUUUCAUGAUGGCUCAAUCCGAGAAGUUGAAUGAAUUCACAUUGUCUUGUAACAAAAUGUUUGAGGUCAUAUUUACUCAUGGAAAGAUGCUUGAGAACCAAAUCAAUGAACUAGCCAUCCCUUUGAUAGAUUGUGCUAGUCCUCUUUCUUUACCCUCACAAGAAGUUGACUCUAGGGAACCGAUGUGUGCUAUGACCACUAGGAGUGAUAAGGUCCUUAAAGAGAGUGUUCCUAGGAAGAGUAAGGAGAGUGAAAAGGAGAAUGAUUCGAGUGAAGGGAAUAAGCAUGAAGAGCCUAGGAAGAUGAGUGAGGAUUCCAAUGAUAAGCCUAAGGAGAAAGAGCGGAAUAAAUAUGAGCUUUACAAAACUAGACUUCCUUACCCCCAAAAUCACAAUAGGUAUAAAUUGGAUGAGCAAUUUGGGAAAUUCAUCGAGAUGCUUAAGCAACUUCAUCUUACUCUUCCUUUCACCGAUGUGGUAGAACAAAUGUCGUCAAACUAUGCUAAGUUUCUUAAUGAAAUUUUGAGCGGUAAGAGAGAUUGCAAUAUGGUGGAACUGAAACUUAAGCUAGGUGAGCUCCUUCCAUCCAACAUGACCCUUCAAUUGGCCGAUCGGUCUAUUAAGUUUCCAAAGGGGAGAGUUGAGGAUGUUCCUCUCAAGAUAGGAGAGUUCACCAUUCCCGUUGAUUUCAUUGUGCUUGAGAUUGCGGAAGAUGAUCAAAUCCUUAUCAUCUUAGGAAGACCUUUCUUAGCCACCUCGGGAGCCUUAAUAGAUGUGAAAGGACUUCGUAUUACCUUUAGAGUUGGUAAGAAUGAGGAAAGUUUUGAGCUAAAACCAAUGCAUGAGUCUUUGUCUUUUAUGAAAGGGAUUAUGUGUGUUAAUUCCCCUCACCCCAUUGAUAAUGUAUGCAUGAUUGAUUCUUCAAAUAACGAUGUUCUUGAGAAUUGUGAUGAUGUGCUUUUGAGUUGUGAUUGCAAGAAUGUUAAUGAAAAGAAAACUAAGCUUCCCAAGCUUAUGGACGAGGAGGAAAUUGACAUUCCUCAUUGGUUUGAGCUCUACCCUCAAGAGGAGGACGAUGACCCCAAGAGUGGGGAUGGUGUGAAACCAUUUACAAAGAAGAACAAUGCAAAGAAAAGAGCACGAGCUUCUAGGAAAAAGAGAAAGAGAAUGAGAUUAUGGAAAGAGAAGCUUGCUUUUGAGGAGUUAUUGAAUGAUGUCUCAUCAAGCAACAACGAGAAGUUGCUAGAAGUUGAGGAGAAAUUUGCUCUUUCCGCCACUUUGAAGAAGGUUUUCUUUGACCCUCCAUGA